AUGGCGAAACUCACUGGGGAUAUCGUUAAUUUCGAUGGUAACAUUGACAUGCUAGUCACAAAGAUCCUGACAAACUGGGACUGUUGGACACAAAAUAAAUCUUUUGAAGGCUGUCAAGAUUCGUCUCAAUGUGCGUCUCCAGAGUCGUCGUUUGAUUCGAUGUGCUCUUCGCCAGAGAUGCCAACAAACACGAGUGGGUGCCCGGAUUUCGCAUGCGCCUCACAGAAGCCGUCCAAGCCAAAGAUGUCCACCAAGCGACGCGUGAAGGCAAGCGAGAGAGAAAAGAUGAGGAUGAGAAGUUUGGCAGAUGCUCUUCAUCAACUCCGUGAUUACCUGCCUCCUGAUUACAGCCAGAGGGGUCAACCCUUAACAAAAAUCCAAACUCUUAAAUAUACUAUUCAGUAUAUCAACGAACUUUCAGAACUUCUCAGAAACGCAUAA